GAAAUUGUGACUCUUGAUUGGCUCAACUGCUGUUUUUGGUGCUGUGAUAGGCCCCAGCUGUGAUAAUGUUGAAGAAGCCAUGAACAAGUCUGCCCGAGGAGCUCCCGCUACAGUUCUGGGAGAGACUCAGAAGGAAACAGCCCCGGUGCAGCUCCCGGUUUCUGGCCUGGAGCUGGCUGCCGUGAUGAAGAUGGGAACCAGGGUCAUGAGAGGCGUGGACUGGAAAUGGGGUGAUCAGGACAGACCUCCUCCUGGCCUUGGCUGUGUGAUCCAUGAACUUGGAGAGGAUGGGUGGAUCAUGGUCCAGAGGGACAUGGGCAACACCAACUCAUGCAGGAUGGGAAAGGAGGGGAAGUAUUACCUGAAGUUGGCGGAGCUGCUGGCCUCCACGCAGCCCUCCGCAGAGGACUCGGACACAGAAGAUGACUCCGGUGGGUGCCAUGGGGCCUGGCAAGCUGUGGGCACGUGCUGGCCGGCCAUUAUUUCAUCUGGGAGUGAGAGCAGUUCUGUAGACCAGGCUUCCCCGGAAGCAAUGAUGCUCACCAGCGCUGUUAAUUUACUGCAAACUCUGCUGGAGCCCACGCUGAAGUCAUGCAGAACGAAGCCACCAAGACUCUGCGUGGACUGCUGCACACGUUGGUGGAGAGGGCAACGAUGGACAAGACAUACUUCUUAGCCUUGGCCUGGGAAUUUAGGACACAGAUUAAAUAUGAAUGAGCUCAUGGAGGAUGUUUAAAACGUGAGAUUUCAAACCAGCAGGAUGUUCCCUCACAGAGAACUGCUGUUGGAAUUGUGAGUUGUCUCCCUACUGCACAGGAAGGGUGAGUGGAUGAAAUUCCUUAAAGAGUUUGAGUUGCUACAUGUGCUUUAGAGAUUUUUAAUAUGUAAAGUGCACCUUGGGAGGGUAGAGCUCAGUGGUAGAGUGGGUGCCUAGCAUGCACAAAGUCCAGGGUUUAAUCCCCAGUACCUCCAUAUUUUUAUUUUAUAUAUCAAUGUAAUUACUUCCCCUCACACAAAAAAACAAAAAGACAAAAGAAAGUCCUUUGAGCUGAUUCAAAAGUCUCCUGUUCCUCUCCCACUGAGUCAGUGAAAUUGUAACAUAGCGGUGAAGUAGUUUCUCCUUGAAAAUAACGUGAUGGAGGUCAAUUAAAAGCAAAGGUUGUGCCGAGUGCUUCUUUGUAGAAGGUGGGCGCCCAGCAGCACCGCCUGGCUCUGGCAGUCUCCCCAGCAGGCAGGGGUGCC